CACAUACAAUCUUGUGAAGAUCUAGAGUUGGCCAUGGCUCUGCAAGGCCUUGUGGACUGGAGGGGAAGGCCAGUUGAUCCCAAGAGGCACGGUGGUGUGAAGGCUGCUAUGUUCAUCUACUUCCUAAUCGUGAUGACCAACAUGGGGAACAUCCCGACGAUGCUGAACAUAGUGAGCUACCUGCACGGGACGAUGCACAUGGGCAUCGCCGACGCCUCCACCACCGCCGCCAACUUCUACGGCGCCAUCUGCGUCUUCUCCCUCCUCGGCGCCUUCGUCUCCGACUCCUACGUCAAGCGCUUCUACACCAUCCUCAUCUUCGCUCCGAUCGAGAUUCUGGGGUAUAUGCUGCUGGCGUGCCAAGCUCACUUCCCGUGGCUGCACCCGCCGCCGUGCGACGCCGGCGGCGGCGGCGUCGAGCGGUGCGCGGCGGCGAGCGGGCGCGACCUGACGCUGCUGAGGCUAGGGCUGUACGUGAUCCCGGUCGGCGAGGGGGCGCUGCGGGUGUGCGGGGCGGCGCUGGGCGGCGACCAGUUCGACGGCGCCGGCGACCCGGCGGAGCUCCGUGGGAAGAUGAGCUUCUUCAACUGGUUCACCUUCUGCAUCUCGCUGGGCGGCUUCGUGGGGCUCGUCUUCGUGGUGUGGGUGCAGAACAACCAGGGGUGGGACCUCGCCUUCGCGCUCGCCGCCGUCAUGGCGCUCGUCGCCAUGGCCGUCGUCCUCGCCGGCCUGCCGUACUACCGCCACCGCGUGCCCGCCGGCAGCCCGCUCACCAGGAUCCUCCAGGUUUUUGUGGCGGCGUUCAGGAAGAGGAACGUGACGAUGCCGGAGGGUGUGGUGGAAAUGCAUGAGAAUUCAGAAUGCACAAGCAUUGAGCUGCUGGACAAGACUCCUGGUUUCAAGUUCCUUGACAAGGCGGCGGUGGACGACGGCGACCGGCGGCGGUGGUCGCUGUGCACGGUGACUCAGGUGGAGGAGGCGAAGAUCAUCCUCCGGAUGCUCCCCGUCUUCCUCAGCUCCGUCCUGGGUUACCUCCCCAUCCCGCUCCUCCUCACCUUCACCGUGCAGCAGGGCGGCGCCAUGGACACCCGCCUCGGCGGCACCAACGUCCCGCCGGCGAGCCUCUUCGUCGUGCCCAUCGUCUUCCAGAUGCUCAUCCUCGUCGCCUACGACCGCGCCGCCGUGCCGUGGCUGCGGCGGGCCACGGGGCUCGCCGGCGGGAUCACCCACCUGCAGCGCGUGGGGCUCGGGUUCGCGUCGAGCGCCGGCGCGCUGGCGCUGGCCGCCGCCGUGGAGUCGCGGCGCAGGGCCCGCGCGGCGGCCUCGGCGGCGCCCAUGUCGGUGUUCUGGCUGACGCCGCAGUUCUUCCUCCUCGGCGUCAUGGACGUCACCUCCUUCGUCGGCCUCCUCGAGUUCUUCUACAGCGAGGCCUCCGCGGGCAUGAAGUCCAUCGGCGGCGCCGUCUUCUUCUGCAUCCUCGGCGUCGCGUCGUGGCUCGGCGGCCUCCUCAUCCAGGCGGUCAACCGCGCCACCGCCGGCGCCGGCCGCGGGCGCCGCGGCUGGCUCGACGGCGCCGACCUCGACGACAGCCACCUCGAUCGCUUCUACUGGCUCCUCGCGCUGUUCGAGAUCGCCGCCUUCUUCCUCUACCUCUGCUGCGCAUGGCGGUACACGUACAGGCAUCAUCCGCGGAUGCAGGCCGCCAUGGAGGAUGACAAGAUCUCGACGACGACGACGAAGAAAGCCGCGGUUUGAUCGCACGGCUGGGUGCACCGUAGGAUCUGAAAUGGAUGGCUCUGAUCUCUCCAUGUAUUGUGCAAAAAAAGGUUUGUAGCUUAUGUAUAAGUGACGAGACAGUAGUGGAGGGUUUGAACCCUCGGAUCGAGAAAUGAACGGUCGAGAUUGAGUGCAGGUAUGCGGCUAGUAUUUUAUUUUGGCUCUACAAUGAUAUAUGCACUACUAGAUAUUGUCCAAAUAUGCUUUUUAAUUUCUAUCCAUGUGUGUUCAAAGUAUUUUAGAUUUUUUUUACUUAAGCCAAUUACUAGUAGCAGACAAUAUGAUGGGUAGUAAAGUUAAAAAGAUAUGGCAGUGAUCUUACAUGUACAGGCAUCGAUGCAUGCCACCAUGGAGGAUUACAAGUUUGAGCGCCAACGGGUGCACCGUAGGAUCUUAAACGGACGGCUG